UGGCUUUAAACACUCCAGCCCGGCAGGGGGCGCAACAUCCGCCAAGCACGAGCAUAAGCGGAAGUGACAAAGCGUCGUACUCGUGCACGUCUCCUCCACGUGUGAGAGCAUUUCAGUCACACUGCGGCACCAUGAAGCGACCGAAGUUAAAGAAAGCGAGUAAGCGCGUGUCCUGUUCCAAACGAUAUAAAAUACAGAAGAAGGUCCGGGAGCACACCAGAAAGCUGAGAAAAGAGGCAAAGAAGAAAGGAGUGAGCAAACGAGUGAAGAAGGAUCCCGGAGUGCCGAGCAGCGCUCCCUUCAAAGAGGAGGUCCUCAGGGAGGCCGAGCAGAGGAGGCUACAGAUUGAAGAAGCAAAAGAGAAAAAAAGACAAGCCGCAAAAGAUGAGCGAGCCAAGAAGAGGAAGAAGGAAAAGGAGCCUGCGAGUACAGAAACUGAACCCAAGGCCAAGAAGCUUCGGAAGGAUGAGAAGGGGAAGCGUUCAGAGAAACGCACUGCCACAGACAAGAGUUCAAAACAGUUCCUUUGCAGUGAAUUAAAUAAGGUGAUUGAUGCAUCUGAUGUAGUAAUUGAAGUCCUUGAUGCUCGUGAUCCACUGGGGUGCAGGUGUCCACAGCUGGAGGAGGCGGUGCUGCAGAGGGGCAACAAGAAACUGCUCUUUGUUUUAAACAAAAUAGACCUGGUACCACAGGAGAAUGUGGAGAAUUGGAUCCAGUGUUUGCAAAAGGAGUUUCCAGUUGUUUUGUUUAAAGCAUCAAUGCAGAUUCAGGACAAAACGGUGCAAGCCAAGAAGAGCAGGAUAGUUGCGUCCAACCAAGUCCUGGACAAAUCCAGAGCAGCAGCCUGCUUUGGAAGCAGCUGCCUCACUGAGCUGCUCUCAAAUUAUGCAGCGAACACGGAGAAUGAUGCUUCACUCAAAGUGGGCAUAGUUGGUUUUCCGAACGUCGGGAAGAGCAGUGUCAUCAACAGCAUGAAGGGGAUCCUGGCCUGCAACUCUGGAGUCAAGAGGGGCAUCACAAAAUCCAUGCAGGAAGUGCACAUCUUAAAGAAUGUGAAGCUAAUAGACAGCCCCGGAGUCGUGGCAUUGCCAUCCAACCCGGCGGCCUCGAUGGCACUGAGGAGCCUGCAGGUGGAGGAGGGCCAGGAGAAUGUGAUGGAUGCUGUCAGGACUCUGCUCAAACAGUGUGACCAGAAACAGAUCAUGCUUCAGUACAAUCUCUCCGACUACAGAAACUCACUGGAGUUUUUGACAUUGUUUGCCAAAAAGCACGGUUAUCUGCAAAAGGGCGGAGUCGCUAACACGGAGCACGCAGCCACAGUUUUCCUUGCUGACUGGACAGGGGCUAAGAUGAGCUACCACUGUGUGGCAACAGAAAAGAGCCUCCCUGCAUACCUGUCUGAAGCCGUGGUCGCUGAGAUGCAGAAAGGCUGGGACCUAACAAAACUGCAAAAGGGAAACGAAGAAACUCUAAAAGGUGUUAAAUUUCCAAACAAGGCCAGCAGUAUAGGCUUCACCUCUAAAGGCCCAACUGCAGGCGUGCUGAGCGUCAUUGAGGACAAACCUGUCGCUACAGCCACAGAGACGGACACGGUGCAGAGCGAAGAGCCUGAACAAACUGCAGAGGAGCUAAAUAAAACGGAACAAGUGGAGAGACCGCAGCAGGAAUCUCUCAUAAAAAAACCCAACAAAGUGCAGUUUGCUGUCGACAUCAGCCUCUCUGCGGCCUCAGCAGAUGACGCCUAUGACUUCAACACGGACUUUAAAUGAGCUCCACCCGUUCACUGCUUCUGAACUAAUGCCUGCGCUCACGCGGUCUGAGGAUGUAGACGUGGACUUGUCAACACACAGUGCAUGACUUAGCCUAGUUGUUCAUGUGUGGCCUACCCUCACUGCUUAAACCUGGAGGACGGAGGGCGUUUUCCAGCUGAGACAAACCUUUAUUCAUGACUUCAUUGUUCAGUUGAGAGCAUUGAGUUUGUUUGUCUAGGGCUAACUGCAGUCCAGGAUAUGGAUUGCUGGUAGCUCAUGUAUUUAAUCACUGAUGACUUCUCCUUUUUAAAUGUCCAGAGGUCAUUUGCAGAAUCUUGUGUCAAUGCAGAAGAAUGUAUAUAAGUGACUUACUGUAAAUGUAAUAAAUCCUCUACAAAAAC